AAAAAAAAAAAAAAAAAAAAAAAAAAAAAAUGUCGUCCAAGACAGAGUUAAAGAAGUACAAGUCAUCAAAGUCUUCAAGAUACGACAGUAAGAUCAAAAGAGUCAAAUUGAAAGUUCGUUCAGAAUUGGAUAUAUUUAAAUGGCAAAAGCACAAGUUCCACCAAAACGAUUACUGGAUUGAUCCCUAUGUAGACACACUUACCAGAAUUGAUUAUCGUGCAGUGUCAAAGCGAGAGUUCGUAGAGAGAUUUGAAGCCAAAAAUAUACCUGUUGUGAUCACCCAUGUCACGGAUGAGUGGAAAGCCAAUAAACAUUGGACGGACGAGUAUUUAAUUGAGAAUUAUGGCUCUCAUUUAUUCAAGGUCGGUGAUGAUGAUAACAACGACAACGUUUAUAUGAAGAUGAAGCAUUUCCUGUAUUAUUCUCAGAAUGAAGGUCUAAAGGACGAUUCACCACUCUAUAUUUUUGACAGCGGAUUUUAUAAAAAGAGAAACAGUAGCAGCAAAAAGAAACAAGGCAGUCUAUUGGACGAUUACAAGAUACCAAAAUAUUUUAAUGAGGAUUUAUUCAAGUUGACAGGAGCUAGAAGACCACCCUACAGAUGGCUCGUACUUGGUGGUGCACGUAGCGGGACGGGUAUCCAUAAAGAUCCCUUAGGUACAUCUGCCUGGAAUUCACUGAUUCGCGGUCAUAAGCGUUGGUGUUUAUUCCCUCCAGCCACACCCAAAGCACUUUAUGACCCACCCAUGAAACCUUACGAUCAUGAAGGUGUAUCAUGGUUUGAUCAAGUCUAUCCAAAAUUUAAGACGAGAGAAAGCAAUGACGAUGUGCGUACCUUGGGAGAGAAAUUAGGCAUGAUUGAGGUAUUACAAAAGCCAGGCGAAACAAUUUUUGUACCGGGAGGAUGGGCACACGUGGUGAUGAAUUUGGAUCUGACAGCCGCUGUCACGCAAAAUUUCUGUUCAUUAACAAAUGCCGAAUGGGUUUAUUUACAAACAAGACAUACGCGUCCCAAAUUGGGUCAAAAGUUGUACAGAGAAAUCCAGAAAUUAGGUACGGCUGAACCAAAUAUUUAUCAAAAUGUGGCAGAGGCUUUGCGGUCCACGGAGUAUAUACCACAACUCCCUCCAGGUAGUAGUAGUGAUAGUAGUAGUGGGAAGUCAUCCACAUCCAGUAGUAGUAGUACUAGUAGUAGCGAUGCAAAGUCUUCUGUAAAGAAGCCAAGAAAGAGAAAGAUUGCAGUCAGUUCCACUGAUUCAGAGACCGAUCUGAGUAACGGUACCUGCAUGUGCAAAAAGUGCAAGAUAAAACGCAAAUACAAAAGAGCCAACAGACAAUAAAAAAGGCUGUGGUUCAUAUAGAAUCAAAUAAUAAUAAUAAUAACAAUAAUAAUAACAAUAAUAAAAACAGAUGCAUACUACUUUAUUAAUUCGCAGU